CGCCGCAAAGCAUCUUGGGAAGAAGAAGGUGCUGAAGACCAGUAACCAUUUUUCCUGUGAAAUGUGAAAGUACUUGAAUUGUUUGCAAAACCUAUUUAGCAAACAGAUCAUCAUCGGGAAUCUCUUACAGGUUUUUUAAAAUUUCGUGACAACCAUUGAAAUGGGAGCUGAUAAGCGGGUGAGUCGCACAGAGCGUAGCGGCAGAUACGGCGGCAACAAUCAGGGCCGGGGUGAGAGGCGAGAGCGAGGAGACCAGGAACGAGAGCACGCCAUGCGCCGCUGGGGUGAGGAGAGACGCAUCGAACGCUACGAUGGAGGGGAACACCGGGGGAACAGAGCCAGUCCAGAGAGAGAACGGAAGCGACAGAACAGCGAUAGAUCUGAAGAAGGCUACCACUCUGAUGGAGACUACCCGGAGCAGGACUACAGGGAGGAGCCAGGGGAGGAGAAGGAGAGUAAGACCAUCAUGCUCCGGGGCCUGUCUCUUCACGUCACAGAGGGAGACAUCCGAGCUGCCCUGGACCAGCUGGAGGGACCCCAGCCAAUAGAUGUCCGGCUGAUGAAGAAGAGGACAGGUAUAAGCAGAGGUUUCGCCUUCGUGGAGUUUUAUCACUUGCAAGAUGCUACCCGAUGGAUGGAGACCAAUCAGAAACUCCUGGUCAUCCAAGGCAAGAGUGUGGCCAUGCACUACAGCAACCCCCGGCACAAGUUUGAAGACUGGCUCUGCAACACUUGCGGCCUGUACAAUUUCCGGAGGAGGCUGAAGUGCUUCAGGUGCGGAGCAUCCAAAGCUGAGUGUGAAACCAGCAACGCCACUGGAGUCCGAGAGACCCAGCAGAGCGGAGACUACUACGGCGACACGAUCAUCCUUAGGAACAUAGCCCCCCUUACCACUGUGGAGGCCAUCAUGACGGCCCUGGCCCCGUACGCCAACCUGUCAACCAGCAACAUCCGUCUCAUCAAGGACAAACAGACGGGCCAGAACAGAGGCUUCACCUUCGUACAGCUUUCUUCCCCUCUGGAGGCUUCUCAGCUCCUAACCAUCUUACAAGGACUGCAGCCCCCUCUCAAGCUGGAUGGGAAGACCAUCGGUGUGGACUAUGCCAAGAGUGCCAGGAAGGAUCUCUUGCUCCCAGAUUGUAACCGGAUCAGUGCCUUCUCUGCGGCCAGCACAGCCAUCGCUGCUGCCCAGUGGUCCUCCAGCCAGCCACAGCAGGGUGCUGAAGGACAGCUGUCAGAGUACAGCUACCUAGAGGAGGGCUACGUUCCCUACACACAGGACUACCAGGCCUACUACCAGCAGGCAGCAGGAGACCUCUCCCAGGGGAACGGAAUACUGGGCGCGGCCCCAGCUGCUACAGGAGUGGUGAUCUCACAGGUUGCACAGGUCUACCAACCCCGCCUCAUCAGUCACACUGCCACACAGGCACUGCAAUUGGCCCAGCAACUGGAAGCAAAACAGACCGGCGUUCACUCGGCAGCUGCAACCAUUACAGCGCCGGUUUCCACAGCAACAGCGACACUCUCUGGACUGGCCACAGACACUGCUGUUCCCGACACCUCCACCUACCAGUAUGACGAAUCCUCGGGCUACUACUUCGACCCUGAAACUGGCCUCUACUACGACCCAAAUACCCAUUACUACUAUAAUUCCCAAACACAGCAGUACCUGUACUGGGACAGUGAGAAGCAGACGUACGUCCCUGCCUCAGCCGCCGACCAAACUGAGCAGACGGCAAACGCAGCAGCAGCUAGCAAAGAGGCUAAGGAAUCCAAGGAGAAGAAACAAGAGAAGCCCAAGAGCAAAACGGCUCAGCAGAUUGCUAAGGACAUGGAGCGCUGGGCGAAGAGUCUGAACAAGCAGAAGGAGAACUUCAAGAGCAGCUUCCAGCCCGUCAGCCAGGAGGAGAGGAAAGAGGCCGCGGCCGCCGACGCAGGCUUCACACUCUUCGAGAAGAAGGCUGGAAGCUUGGAAAUGCUCAUGUCAGAAGCAGUGCAGCGCCCAGAGGAGCAGGCCCCAACCAACUCAGCCAAGGUUGGUCUGGUGGCAGCCUACAGUGGGGACAGUGACCCAGAGGAGGGGGGUGCAACAGAGCCGGAGCGCGAUGGUGGUGAGCAGGGCCAGGAUCAGCUGACCGACUGGAAGAAGAUGGCCUGCCUGCUGUGUAGGAGACAGUUCCCCAAUAAGGAUGGCCUGGUGCGCCACCAGCAGCUCUCUGACCUUCACAAGCAAAACCUGGAGGUCCACCGCAGAUCUAAGCUGAGUGAGGCUGAGCUGGAAGAGCUGGAGAGGAAAGAGACAGAGAUGAAGUACAGAGACCGGGCUGCAGAGAGGAGAGAGAAAUACGGCAUCCCUGAACCCCCAGCACCCAAAAAGAAGAAAUUCACAGCACAGCCAGCACUCGUUAACUAUGAACAACCCACCAAAGACGGUCUGAACAGUGACAACAUUGGGAACAAGAUGCUGCAGGCCAUGGGAUGGCAGGAAGGCAGAGGUCUGGGCCGCAACCAGCAGGGCAUCACUGCACCUAUUGAGGCCCAGCUGAGGGCGAAGGGAGCUGGUCUGGGAACCAAAGGCAGCAGCUACGGCCUGUCUGCCUCAGACACCUACAAAGACGCUGUCCGCAAAGCCAUGUUUGCCCGCUUCACUGAAAUGGAGUGAUUUGCCAAAUAUACCUGCCUCCCAAGAACAGCCAUAUCCUACUGACCUGGUGCUAUGUUCCCUGGGUUUCUGUGUGGGGCAAUCCCCAUCCCUGGGCAUCUUAACAUCUCUCCCUACAUUCAUCCAUAAACAGACGCCUUGAGAUAAAGGGAUUGUAAUGGCAGAGAUUACAUGCUUUAUUAGGGGAUUGGAGGGAGGGCCUUCCUUUGCAUUUCUUUGGAUGAAUUUCUGAGUGCAGUCACAUUGUGUCAUCAGUCUGCUAGGGAAUAGGAAAACGGAGAAAGGACUUGUCUAUUGGAGAAAUGUAAAACUAUGAAUUAUGUAGUUUAUGAUUUGUAUAUAUUUUAUUGUGUAAGAAUUUUAAGAUGGGCAUGUUCUUUCCCCACCCCCCUCUUUGCUGUGGCAAUAGUAUUUUAUCGGCAUGUUAUAAAUGUACAGUUUGUAUGGUAUGCGUUCUCAUUUUGUACAGAAAAUAUUAAAUGAGAGUGAUCAACCAA